AUGAAUUCUGGAAAACGUAAAUUUCUUAUUGUCAAAGAUGAUUUUUCAAUGUCAUCACCAUCACCAGCAAAGAAACGUCUCUUGAAAGUCAUGUCAUUGAACAACCAAACACCUCUUAUGCCAUUGAAUAUCUGCUAUCUAAGUCAACUACCGACUGAAAUGCGUGAUUUGGUCUUUUUCAAACUAUCACCAUAUGAACUACAUCAAUUAGCUAGUACGAGUAAUGUUUACUUUACAUUUGUUUUAAACUUUCUUCGAUCAUCAAUGGGUACGCAGUACUUGAAAGUCGUUUUACAAACAUCACCAGAUCGACGACGAUCGGGCGCUUGGGAGCGACUUGGUCGCUUAUUCGGACUAAUGACAAGUUUAUUCCCGCUCUCUCGUCGAAUACAGAUGAUUAAAGAAGUCUUUUUUUCUAAGUUGAAUUUGUCAGCAGACGGUACAUCACUUGACGAUCUAUCUCACAUGGGUCGAUUCCUUGGUGAAGUAACAAAACAUUGGUCGGAACGAGAAAUUGCUUGGACUUUUUCUCAAUUUGAUUCUCAUCUACAUCUGAAGAAAAAGAUCGAUCGGUUUUACUCAUGCGAACACGUCGGUGUGGAAACUGAACUUGAACAGAAUAUUCGUUCAUGUUUUCGUCUUGUUUAUUUUGAUUCUAUUCGACUUCACGCUCAUCGCGGUUGUUUAUUAAACGUUAUUCUUGACCGACAACCGAUCUGGUUUCAAGCACGACUCAUCUAUUUACUAUUCGGACCAACUGGAUCAGAUAAUAUCGACUGGGAGAAAUUUACUCGUGAUCGAACGAAUUACUUUACUUAUCCAAAUGUCGAUGAAGAACAAGCGUAUUUCGAUCUCAGUCGAGCUUUCAAUGUUCUCAGCCGAUCAGUACAUGCUCAAAAAACUUGGAAUAGUAAUAGCAAACUUGCUCUAUUCAAUGAGUUGAUUGCACAACCGACACCAUGGAAAACAGAAUACAUCGCUGAAUUACUAUUCUACUGUGGCAGAGAAUUGUUAACGAAUGUACUCAUUGCAUUUGCAAUGAAAAAUUACCACAAGGAAUAUGCACAGUUGGUUCAUUCUUUAUGUAUCGUUGCUCGUCAACGUAAAGCGUACUAUGAAGUAAUUCAACUAGCUAUUGAGGAUUCAUUUGAACGUUGUAGCGUUGGUGCUCAAAGAAAUUCAAUUAUGAUCCAUUUACAAAACGCGUUUCGUUGUAUAACGAGAAACGUUAUUGCUGUUUUAGCUUCAUCAACCAUCACAGUUACCGAUCAACUGCAUUAUUUGCAACAAUUGGAAGCUUUAGAUGCUCAGAAAGCGUCGCUUAUUUCUUAUCUUUUAACAAAUCAAUUUGAUCAAACUACUUAA